AUGGCGUUUCCUACUGCAUAUCAUCAUGCAGACUCGGAUGCUGACGACGAGUACGAACGCAGUGUGGUAAUUUCGCCCCGGCUUGUCGAUGACUCUGAGGCCUCUCCAACAGAUUCCGAGCCUCCAUCCGCAGAAAACACCCCUACCACCUUUGGGAAUCUAGCAGAUGACCAUAAUUCGCCAAUGUCGUCCAUAAUAGAAUGGUCCGCUGAGGAGUGUGCAAAUUUUGCUAUAGGCCUUGGCCUAAAACAGUACCGUGAUUCUUUUAUAGACAACGAUAUUGUCGGGGAAGCCCUCGUGGCAUUAAGACAUGAUGAGUUGAAAGAGUUAGGAAUGUCGAGUGUCGGCCACCGACUCACCCUCUUGAAGAGUGUAUAUGAGAUUAAAGUAAAACAAGGGGUGUCUUUUGAUCCAGAUCACUAUGUCCCUCUGUCCGCCGAACAGAGCAACGCAAAAGAAGUAGCCACUCAAGAAGAUGUUGCUCUCCUAAUACGGACUAUUCGCAAACGAGACGAAAGACUUGCUGCGGCAGAAACGGAAUUACGAAAAUUGGCAGACGAUUAUAGGAAGUUGCGAGAAGAGUUGUUACCAGUGUUCAAAAUGGCCAAAGACAGGUCGCAGCCAUUACCAUAUCAGCCUGCAUCAUAUGGGGGAUCAACAUUAGUUUCAGAAUAUUCCCAUGACCAGGCUGCAGUCUCUCCUUCUAUGGCGAAUUCGCAAGACAAAGGCUCUGCUAGUCUUUCUAGGACUUUCUCAAAGAAACUAUUCGCUGGGGGAACUACCCCAAAGACUAAUUCUCCCACACAUAUCCCUCAAUCCAUACCCGAAGGACGGACGUACACCGAUAGUUCUUCUCUGGAUCCAUCUGCUGCCGCAAUUGCUGCUUCAACUCAUUUAACGGCUUCCAUGAACGGCGGCCAACCCUCGCCGAAGGGCAUCCCAUCCCCCACAUCGCCUGCAAGUUUCUAUCCACAACAGACCCUUGCAUCCAGGUCCUACUCCCGUGAGACUCAAUGCACAAAUCGGCCCUAUGACCACCCAGAAGAUCCACAAUCACAGCAACGUCAAGACCGUUCUACUCCCUGUUACCCUAGUUCUAGCAAUGGCCAACCCGGCUCGCGCGAUCGAAACGAUUCCACGGGGCCUAGCGUUGAGAUAUUCAAAUCUUUCCGCGUUUCCAUGGAGGACCCAUGCUACAAAGUUCUCCCUGCUGCCCUUAAAAAAUAUAAUAUACAUGAAGAUUGGAGACAUUACGCCCUCUAUAUCGUUUAUGGCGAUCAAGAGCGCUGCCUUAGCCUUGAAGAAAAGCCACUAAUUCUGUUCAAACAACUGGCUAGCGAAGGCCAGAAGCCUAUGUUUAUGCUCAGAAGACAAACGCCAGUAAGUGAUGGCACGGCAACGAGCAUGUAUUCGAGCAGCGGGAUCGGGUUUCCUCCGGGGAGUGGCAAUGUCGAUGCAGGUGGCGGAGGAAUAGCCCGGCCACAGCCUGGAGCCAUUCAAUUACCUGGAGGUGUUUUGUGA